ACAAGCAUGCUGCUUUUGCCAUGAAAUCGAAAUCGGUUCGGCGAUUUCGAUUGAAAAACUUGGCGCUGCUAUCUCUCGCACCACAAAUGACACACAACACUCUUCGUGCAGAACGAACUGUCAUAACAAACAUUGUUUGCAUACGGAAUCUCUCCUACCAAAACAUUUUGACUUGGUCGUUCGAUAUUGGAUUUUGUUUUUGUUCAGUUUCUAAAACACCAUGGAACCAGCGUUAACAUCCGAUCUGGAAAAGGAUUUAAUUGUAUCAUUUGCUCGAGGUGGAAAAAAAAAAAAUCAAGCGUUCAAUUUUGUGGUAUUUAUGGAGAAAUGUGAGAAAAAAGUCAGUGAGGAACUUCAAACAGCCCGCAUGAUUGAACUACGAAAAUCACUGAAUUUCAUCAAAGAAACGGAAUGGCAAUACGAACCAAUAGAGAAACACAUCGGACAAGCAUAGAUCAACUUCAAACAUGAAGAAUUUCUAUUUUAAGUGUUUUUUCUCGAUUUUUUUUUCUCUCAUUCAUUCAUCCAUCGAGACUGAUUAGGAAAUCAAUACAUGGACUCGGCGUACCAUGAGUCUAAUAAUAAAUUUUGCAUGUAUUUUUUGCCCCUGUCGCACCAAAUCGAUUUUGGGUGUGAUAUUUAUUUUAUAUUCUUAGUCAAUAGCCGUUGUUUAAUAAAUAUAGACCAAUUUUAAACAUUCGCAUUUUUUUUCCUGCCGUGGAUAUUAUUUGGCGUAGAAGAUGUAUUUCAAAAAUCUGACUAAAUGAUUGGAUAUCAUGGCAAUUGGGAGCAAAAAUCUUAUAUUCCAAUUGAGUAAAUAUUCUGUAUUUCAGGUGAGAGAAAGAUAAAUUUAUUGCAAUUUACAGACCACUUUGCGAAGGGAGCGCUGCUGUCGUUUUUCGCAAAUGUCAAACUGUGUGUUGUUAUGAUUUCAAAUUGCAUAGCUACAUCAAUUCGAUACGGGUUUGUGAGCAGCCGAAUUGUAUUUUGAUUUAAAAAAAACGCAUUUAAUUGGGAAAUCAUUUUCCAGAGCACAACGCAACAACUGAGUUAUCGUUGCAAGUGUGAGCGCAUAGCAGUGUAGUCCAGACCACGCUUCUCAAUCGACACGAAAACCCAAGCAAAAUGUAUCUUGCCAGUUAUCUGUACAACAGAUUAUUUGCGCCAAAGCCAACCCGAGACCACUAUGUUAAGGAAUACCAGGCGAUUUUGGAUAAAAUAAACUCAUUUGGUAAUGAUGAAGAUGCUGGCGACCCAAAUCGUCACGUUGAGGAAUCGUAUAUGCCGGACGCCGUGUUCUUUCGAUACAAAGGCAAAGUGACACAUUUGUAUUCGGAUGGAAAAGGCCGAAUCGAUGACAAGUACAUGUUCAACAGCGAAGCGUUGGCACACAAGAAAGUGAAAAAGGGUGACCGUGUGACAUGCACUGCACGCAAAAUAUCUGAAGAUCAGCCAAUUGUCAUCUACAAAAUUGAGUCGAUCGACCAAGAUUUUUGGACAAUGGAUGAAGAUGGAAAUGAUGACGAUUCCAACAGUCCGAUACCGUUGAACAAUUACAUGAGAGUGUUGAGGGGUGAAAUCAUUCUCAAACACAACGGUGAAAUAUUUAUGGAAUGCGCGGAAGUUACGAAACCGAUGAGAAUGGUGAUCAGCGAAAUUGGAUGUGGAUUCAAUCCAAUGGUUGGCGAUCAGGUGGAAAUCGAAGCGGAAUUUGGCAUCAACCGGGAAAAUUCAGCUGACUACGUAGUGAUUGGUUACUAUGGGAUGAAAGUGAACGAGCAAAAGUUUAUUACGGGACAAAUUACAUCGUUCAAGAAGAAAUUGCGCUAUGGACUAAUUGACAAAAAGUACAUUUUCUACUUGGAUGUUCUGCAACAUUCAAGUAAUCAGAAUCAAGUGCCAAAUCUAGGUGAUACGGUCGCCGCCGAUGUCAUUUCGAGCCAUCAAAAGAUUGAUGAUCAUGAAUUCUUCUAUCGAUGCAUAAAACUUUGGAAAGUCCGAUCAAACCAACACAACGUCGGAGCCGGUGCAUUUGAACAAAUGGCAGGCGAUAAUGACAAUGAGCCGGAAUCAGAUGAUGAAAUUGACAGUGAAGAUUGUGAUUUGCUGUUCACCAAAAGUGAUGCAUUGAAGGUGUCAUUUGAUAGUGAACAUAGUGAACAAAAGGGUAAAAAGGUCAUCGAACUGACUGUGUUGAAUAAAUCUGAUCGCACGCACCGCAUUUCUUCAGCAACACUCAGGAAUCAACUCAUUGCAUCACAAGUCGAUUGCACGGAAUUGUACAAGCCACAUGAUGUCAAGUCAGGCGGUAAUUUUGUGUAUCGAAUUGCGUUGGUUGGCAUUAUCAGCGGUGUGCACAAAGUCAAAAUCGAUUUUAAAAUUGACAACAAGCAUUUGGUGCGUCGAUGCAUUACGAUGGAUGUGAAAAAUGUCGAUGAAAUCGAAGGUGCACGCAUUACACAUUCAAAGGCAUACACGAAAAAAAUUUACUCGGAAAAGCGUGAAGUGGUCAAAGGUCAUGCUCCGGUCUCUGCACCGCAUUUCAUCGAUAACCGGUUGGAUCGUUUUGAGGUGCCGAAGGAAUUGUUUGAAGAGGUAAUGCAAGCUAAUAACAACGUCGACAUCUACGAUUUACUUGAACGCGACAGCGGCGAUUUGCUUAGCGCACUGAAAAAAGACAAUUACGCUCGUUUCUUCCAUAAAUUGUUGCAUUUCGAAGAGAUUUUCAUGCGUCAUGAAUUCCGAAUGUAUGAUCAAGAUCGUGGACAUUUUAUACGCGAUGGUGAGUACUUGGCAUACGAAAUGAAGAAAAACGUGUUCGAGUGCCGUCCAUCCAUCGUCAUUGGAGAUAUGAUCAAUGCCGAAAGUUUGCUUGAAACGCAGAACAACAAACCGAAAGAGUAUCAAGGUUUCAUACACAAAAUGACCAGAAAUCGUCUGCUGUUGAAAUUCGCUGACGAAUUCCAUAGUCUGUACGGUGGCGAAGAUUAUAAAUUAAUCUUCAAUUUUUCACGCGCAAAGUUUAUCAAGCAACACAAUGCUGUUGAACGGGUGUUCAAGAAGCUGUUGAACGGCAAUUCGGAAUAUUUAUUCCCCAAUACAAUCAAGUCGGGCAAACGACCACAGAUGGACGUUCAACUGAUUGAAGGCGACAUAAUUUUGGAUUAUCCAAGACAAAAGGUACCAUGGUACAAUUCGAAGCUGAAUGAAAUUCAAAAACAAGCCGUUGUAAGUGUGCUGCGAGGCGAAGUUCGCAUGUGCCCAUAUUUGGUGUUUGGACCACCGGGUACCGGUAAAACGUCUACAUUGAUUGAAAUCAUAUUGCAACUGUACAAGAAAGGGAAUAGCCGUUUAGUUGUGGCGGCUCCGUCAAACAGUGCCGCUAAUUUGAUAACAAAGCUGUUGGCUGAUAGUGGUGCUUUGAAAGUGGGUGAAUUUGCCCGAAUCGUUGGUCAGAACAGCAUUGAACGCGGCCAAAUACCCGAUGAUUUGCGUAAGCAUUGUAUAACUGUUUCCAUUGCCGCGCCAAGAUCAACCGUUCAACCGGAAAAUCCAUUUGAAAAUGGCAUACGCGUGCAGUGUGACUCAGAAGUGAUUAGCUUGCAUCGCAUAUUGGUCAGUACGUGCAGUACAUACGGUAAUUUGUUGCAAAUGAAAUUCAAGGCCGGCCAUUUUACACAUGCCAUCAUCGACGAAGCUGGCCAAUGCACAGAGCCAGAAAUUGCAAUUCCGAUUUGUUUGAUUGACAAGGAUUACGGUCAAAUCAUUUUGGCGGGUGAUCCACACCAACUGGGUCCAAUUGUACUAUCACCAGUGGCAAAGAAGUGCGGUUUGGACAAAAGUUUGCUAUCACGACUUUUAGAUCGGUUGCCAUAUCACAAAGACGUUGGGCGAAAAGGUGGUUUUGAUGAUCGAAUGGUGACACAAUUGUUGCAUAACUAUCGUUCAUUGCCAAGCAUUCUAUCGGCAUACAGCAAUCUAUCGUACGAAUCAAAAUUGAUUCCAAACAUUUCGGACCAAGACAGCGAUGAACAACGCAUUCUCACAACGUUCCAGUCAACCGCCAAUCCAAAUCUCAAAUUGAAUCAUUCGCCAAAGUACGGUGUUUAUUUCAUGGGCGUUAUGGGCAAGGAUGAAAAGCCAUCGAAUUCAACAUCGUGGAGAAAUCUAACGGAAAUCAACAAGGUGUCAUGGAUUUUGGGCGAAUUAUACAAAUCCGGUCUAACCGAAGAUGACAUUGGUAUCAUAACUCCGUAUGCGUUACAAGUGAAAGACAUUCGACUGCAGUGCGAUGCAUGCCAUGACGGUAAGCUGCCGAAAAUCGGUAGCGUCGAAGAAUUUCAAGGGCAAGAGAGAAAUGUCAUCAUCAUUUCAACUGUGAGAUCUCAACCCAAACACAUUUCACACGAUGGCAAAUACGGUCUUGGCUUCAUCAACAACAAAAAUCGAUUGAAUGUCGCCAUCAGUCGCGCAAGAGCAAUUCUCAUUAUUAUUGGCAACCCACGUGCCUUGGCGCUGGACGACAAUUGGCGACAAAUCAUCUACGAUUGCUUCAUCAAUGGAACAUACUCUGGCUGUGAAAUACCGAAAACAGUACGCGAGCCAUUAGAAUAAGUCUCAACAUUAUGUUUAACGUAAUUGAACAAUAUUGAAUUUUUUUGCACAGAAAAUUGAAUAAUCAUGUCAGGACGAUCACAAUCGAAUCGAUUUUUUACACAUAGAGUAUUCUCAUAUUAGCAAACUAUUUUUUAUAAGAGUUUUUCAUUAGAAUUCUUUAAUGGAAUGGAAUUUCCAACCCUCACUGCAACCAAAAAAAAAAAUUCUGGGAAUUUUUGUUAGCAAAAAAAUCAUUUUAAAUUCACAUUCAGGCGGAUUUAGAGUGCUUCGUAUCAAGUUGACCAUAGCCAUUUUCGUUUUGUUUAUGGCUUUAAAAAAAAUUAUCCAAAUGUAAACAAAUCGAUUGCACCGAAUGUAAUAUUAUCAACAGUUUUCUGUUGUUGUUUCAACAUACAAAAAAAAAAAGUUGUCAUUGAAAAAGCAGGCGAAUGCCUAUCAUUCGAUUUUCAUGAAAUAUUUCAUAAUCUUAACUGAUGAACCAUUGAAAAAUUGAAUAAAUUCUACGAAACAUUUGUUACAAAACUAA